AUGCAUCGAAUAUGGGUUCUACGGCACUUUGCAUUCAUAUCAUCAUUCAGAAUAGCUACAAAACAACGUCGUUUCUUUUGUUCUCAAACUCCUUCGACUAGUUUUGCAUCUGAAGCGGCUGUGAAAUAUGAGAAAAAGAGCCCAACUGAGCAUGUUUUACUUCGACCUGAUACAUAUAUUGGUGGUGUUGCAAUGAGAGAAUCCGAAAUUGUUUGGCUUCGGAGCCUAGAAUCAAAACAAAUGUACACAAAAGAAGUCUCGUAUCCACCAGGAUUAUUGAAGAUUUUUGAUGAGAUUUUAGUAAAUGCAGCCGAUAAUAAAUCGAGAGAUUCUAAUAUGAACCGCUUGGAAGUGUGGGUGGACAGAAAAACUUCCCGAAUCUCUGUCUGGAACAAUGGAGGUGGACUACCUGUUGAAAUUCAUCCAUCAGAAAACAUCUAUGUUCCCACUCUUGUCUUCGGAAACCUAUUCACAUCUUCUAAUUACGAUGAUAGUGAAAUUAAAACUGUUGGAGGAAGAAAUGGUUAUGGAGCAAAACUAUGUAAUAUUUUCUCCACAGAAUUCAUCGUGGAAACUGUUGAUUCAAGGACAAAGAAAAAGUUCAGACAGGUCGAAUUUGUUCCUGAUCUCAAAAGGUUCCAAAUGGAUUGUUUAUCUGAUGAUAUAAUUGAUCUUAUCGGUAAACGAAUAUUCGAAGUGACGGCAACUCUUCCGAAUGAUGUUCAAGUCUACUUAAAUGGCCAAAAAUGUGAAGUAAACGGAUUCGAAGAAUAUGUUCGAAUGUUCAAUUAUUAUGAUCCAUCUUCUUUUCUUUUUCUUCAUCCAACUUCCCGAUGGCACGUAGGCGUGGCAAAGCGGAACACAUACAUUGGAGACGAUCAAUUAAUUUUACCAAAAGUUGUUAGUUUUGUGAACAACAUCAACACGGAGAAAGGAGGAACCCACGUGGAUUAUGUAAUGGAUAAAAUAGUGAAUGUCAUCAAACCUUUAGUAGAUUCAAGAUUGGCAGAGUUUGGAAAAAGUGUCAAGCCGGCAAUGAUAAAGAACAACCUUUCAAUUUUUAUCAAUUGCCUUAUUGAAAAUCCUUCAUUUGAAAGUCAAACGAAAGAGACAGUGACAACAAAACCUAAGUUAUUUGGAUCGAGUUUUGAUUGUGAUCACAAGAAGGUCACAAAGUGGGCCGAAGAAAGUGGAUUUGUAGAAGAAAUUGUAGAAGAAGCAUUGAAUUUGAAAAAGAAGAAAGUGCCAGCAAAACGUGUGACAUCAUCUUCAGUCAGAGAUAUUGUGAAGUUAGAAGAUGCAGAGUGGGCAGGAAUAUCUGGAAAAUCAGAGAAGUGUACUCUCAUUCUGACCGAAGGAGACUCUGCGAAAGCCCUCGCACUUUCUGGUUUAGAAGUUCUUGGACGUGAGACCUAUGGAGUGUUUCCAUUGAAAGGAAAACUAGUAAAUGUUUCAAACAUCGACGACGUUCGGGCUUCUAAGAACGAGGAGAUUUCGAAUGUCAUGAGAAUUCUGGGACUGAGGUUUGAAGAAGAGGCACCAACACAAGAAUCUAUGCGUUAUGGUCGUCUUCUGAUUCUAGCUGAUCAAGAUGAAGACGGUAGCCAUAUUAAAGGACUCGUCAUCAAUUUUAUUCACAAGUUUUGGCCGAGUCUUAUACGUUCUAGAGAUUUCAUUCAAUCAUUUCGUACUCCACUUCUAAAAGCAAAGAAAGGAGAUAAAGUGAAAUCAUUUUUCUCAAUAAAUGAAUAUCAGAAAUGGGCGGAAGAAACGGAAGGAAAAUGGAAGAUCAAAUACUAUAAAGGACUGGGAACAUCGACUUCAAUUGAGGCGAAAGAAUACUUCAGUGAUUUAGAUCACCACGUUAUAAAUUUCAAAUACACUGGAUUGAAUGAUGAUAAAGCAAUUCGAAUGGCUUUUGAUCGAGAAAAAAGUGACGAAAGGAAAGAAUGGAUACGUGGAUCUAAACGAUUGGAGAGUUUAGUAGAUGAUGGAAAAACCGAAUUAUCUUAUAAAGAGUUUAUUGACGGACAGCUCAUGCAAUUCGGUAUGGUCGACCUCAAGAGAUCGAUUCCAUCCUUGAUAGACGGAUUGAAACCGUCUCAAAGGAAGAUCUUAUGGACACUUCUCAAUAUGGACGAGUCGACAGAAAUGAAAGUGUCUCAAUUAGCUGGAGCUGUUGCACAUCGUCAAUCAUAUCAUCACGGAGAGGAAUCUCUUGUGAGAACAAUUAUUCGGAUGGGACAAACAUUUUGUGGUUCAUCGAAUCUUCCACUUCUUCAACCAAUUGGACAAUUCGGAACAAGACAUGAAGGUGGAAAUGACGCUGCUUCUGCAAGAUAUAUCUUCACAUCACUAGCUUCAACAACUCGUCUUCUUUUUCCACAUGCCGAUGAUGAUCUUUAUGAGAAAAGAAUCGAAGAAGGACUGGUGGUUGAACCGAGAUGGUUGUGUCCAAUUAUUCCACUUAUUCUUGUUAAUGGAACUGAAGGAAUCGGAACAGGAUGGUCAACUAAAAUUGUGAAUCGAAAUGCAAUUGAUGUUAUCGAUGGGAUCAGACGAAAAAUUGAUUCAGUCGAAGGGGAGCAUGAGAUUCAACCAUAUUACGAGGAUUACCGAGGGAAAAUAGAAGCUGUCACAUCGAAAAAGUUCAUAACCACUGGAAAAAUACAUUUAUCAAGACCUGAACGAAAGAACGCUUCAACGUUUUCUAUCGAAAUCAGUGAACUUCCUAUUGAAAUUUGGACUUCAAAAUAUAAGGAGAAGCUUUCGAAGAUUGUGGAAAAUCUACCGAUUGUUGAAUUCUCGGAGAGACAUACUGAAAAACGAGUGAAUUUUCGAUUGACGGUUGAUCGAAAGAAAGCUGGAAGAUUUCUUCAAAAGACUAAUUCUGAAUUAUUGAAUUUCUUCAAACUUCGAUCAAGUAUCACUGAGAAUCGAGUUCUUUUCGAUAAGAAUGGACUAUUGAAAGAAUAUAAAAGUAUUUCAGAAAUCGCUUCGGAAUUUUUUGAUGUUAGAAGGGAUUUAUAUGAGAAACGGUUGAAAGCACAGAAAGAUGAAUGUGAAGCGAAGUUGAAGUAUGUCGAUAAUCAGAUCAAGUUCAUUGAUUUGGUCACAAAUGGCACAAUUGAUUUGAGAUCAAUGGGACGAGAUCAAUUGGAAUCAUCACUUGAAGAGUAUGGACUAGAAUCAGAUCCAUUAUCAUCCAAAACACAUAAUGCUAAGAAGUCGGAUUACAGUUAUUUACUCGAAAUGCCACUUUCUCGGUUAACAUCUGAUGAAAUGAAUCGAUUAACGGAACGAAGAUUUCGACGGAAAACUGACCUCGAUGCAGCAGAAUCCGCUGAUUGGAGAUCAACGUGGCAUUCAGAGUUGGACAAAGUGACAACAGCUAUUCAGAAGAAAAUAAAUAAAUAA